AAUCUAAUUAAUUAUAUAUAAAAAAAAAAAAAAAGAUUAAGAGAAAUGGAAGAUGAGAGUGAGUGCACCAAGCCACAUGCUAUAAUGAUUUCACUCCCAUACCAAGGACACAUUAACCCCUUUGUCAAUCUCGCCCUCAAGCUCGCCUCCGAGGGCGUUUCCGUCACUUUCGUUCAUCUCGAAUUCGUUCACCACAAACUAUCCAAAGCCCGUCGUCAAAACCCAAACGAGUUCGAUUUAUUCGACCAAGCUCGAGAAUCGGGCCUCGACAUACAAUACACGACAAUCGGCGACGGGUUUCCGCUCGAAUUCGAUCGUGAUCUCCACCUCAUGGAGUAUUGGGAGUCCUUUAUGCGCGAUUUUCCAGCUAUUGUCGAUGAAUUUAUCGCGGAAAAAAUCCGAUCGCAUCCGGUCCGAUAUUUCUUGGUCUCCGACACUAUAUAUUGGUGGUCGUCGAUCGUUGCCGAGAAAUACAAACUCGUGAAUGUUUCAUUAUGGACCGAACCAGCCUUGGUGUUUUCGUUAAUGUACCACUCUCGUCUUCUUAGUGAAAAUGGUCAUUUUCCAUGCAAAGAUGGUAUAGUAGAGGAAAUAGAUUAUGUUCCAGGUGUUGGAAAAAUAAGCACACAAGAUUUGAUGCCAUAUCUCAAAGAAGCAGAAUCGCAAAGUAUAAUAACGAAACUUUUAUCCGUCGCGUUCGAGAAUGUAAAGAAUGCCGAUUUCCUCCUACACAACACGGUUCAACAAUUAGAAUCCGAAACACUCUUGUAUCUCAACAAGCAGCUACCGAAUUACGCGAUUGGUCCUAUUAAUUUCUCCGAAAGUCCCGCGAUUACUAAUAAUAAAUCGGUCGUUAGCAAGACUAGUUUAUGGUCGGAAUCGGACUGCACGAAAUGGCUCGGCUCGAAGCCGCAUGGCUCGGUUUUGUACGUUUCAUUCGGGAGCCUUGUUCAGACAAGUAAGCAGGUGAUUGAGGAAGUGGCUAAUGGGCUUCUUCUUAGUGAAGUGAACUUCAUUUGGGUGGUUCGGUUAGGUAUUGCUGGAUUUGGGGACGAUUGUGGUGACAAUAAUGUUUUGCCGUUGGGAUUCGAGGAUGAGAUUAAAUUGAAGGGUAGAGGGUUGAUUAUUCCGUGGUGCGAUCAAAUUAGGGUUCUUUCGAAUCCGGCAAUUGGGGGUUUUCUGACGCACUGCGGGUGGAAUUCGACGCUGGAGAGUAUGUGGUGUGGGGUGCCUAUGAUUUGUUACCCUAUAGAUUGGGAUCAAGUUACUAAUAGGAAAUUAGUGGUUGAUGAUUGGAAGAUUGGGGUUAAUCUUUGUGAUAAUUAUGGAAAUAAAUCAUCUCUUGAUAGGAAAAAAGUUGGUGAGAAGAUUAAGCAGUUUAUGAGUGAAGCUACUUGGAAAAGCUUGAAGCUGGAAGCUGUUAAAAUUAAGCAGAUUUUGGAGGAGGCGGUUGAAAUUGAUGGAUCUUCUGAGGUUAAUUUUGGUAAUUUUGUCAAGGAUUUGAGGGCUAAAAUUAUUGAGACUGCAGCUUCAACUGUAAAUGGAAAAUUGACCAAUUAGAGAUGAUAUAUGAAUGGUAAAGAUCUACCCGGUGUAUUUCACCCGAUGUAGCAUAGUAUAAGCCAUGAUAUAUUAUAUGUAUAUAUAUUAUCUUGUGUGAUGUGUAAUAUGUUACUUUGUAUUCUAAAUAAUUAAUUCUUGAAAUGAUUUGGGUCUCAUUUUUAGCUACACCCUAUGUCCCUACACAUAAGGGUAGAAAUCGAACGGAAUGGACCUGAAA